CUGGAACCCCUUGCAUUAAUCAAGCGCAGGUAAUCGACUCCCGACAACUAGUAGUAUCGGAGCUUGGCAGUUAGAAUUCUUUUUUUGGACCACCAAUUUUAAUCCAACUCUAGUCGAGUCAAAAUCUCAUUCAGAGUACUGAGCAGGAUGACACGACGCAGCAAAUCCAUUGGAGACGGUCGGUGCCGGUAAUCGAUGAGCAAGGCUUUAACACUACUAGUACCGGCGUCUAUCCACUACAUAAUCAUUAUAUUGGGCGUUAUACUACUUGCUUGGUUCAAGUUGCGAAUCACCACCAGCUGCGAAACUCCCAGCUUGGCACUUCAUCCUCUUUCACUUGAUCGCUAUCUGUGGUUAUUCCAGUCCACAUGCCAGGUUCUCGUGGAAAGACGAAGGCAAAAAAGCCAAAGCCAAUCGUCAACGUUCACUCUGUGGCGCGUGCUCCAUCAGAGGAGUUUGUCGGGUUGGUAGACGAUAUAGAGAGAACCGAAGGAUGGAAUGCUAGAAUCAAGAUACUAUGCGAGUUCCUCCAGUUACCAGAUCUCUCCAAACGAAGCGGCCUGAAGAAAGUCCACGUCAGCUUCAACGAAGUGUAUCAUAACAUCGACGAUGUAUACGUCGCAAAUAUAAGAAACGAGAAGAUUACCGGGGCAAUCGUCGGCAUCUACACCAAGAUGUGUGCCGAUGCUAUCCUCCGGGACAAGCUCUUUAAGAAAGGUUUGGUGUCCAAGAUCACCCCUUUGAUCAACAUUCCUUCCACGCGUUAUCUUGCUCUCCGCGCACUUACAACCGUGACGCAUCAUGGGGGUGUCGAUAUUCGCAAAGAAAUCUCACUCGAAUCCCCUUCCCUACUCAAGGUCAUACAAGAAAACCCAGACGACCUCUGGGCUGCCGAGAUGGCGAUUUCUACCAUGGCCCAUGCUAUCGGCGCUGCGAUCAACCAGGAAGAUGUGCCAGCCCCGAAAUAUAUCAAAGCGGCCAACAUCAAAGUCUUGAUUCCAGUCAUAAUAGAUUUCAUGCGCAAGCCUGGCGUUACCAUUCAGCUCUUGCAUCAUGGCCUAGAGUUGCUCACGCACCCUGUUCUCCAUUGUUGGAGCGAGUGCAAGGAUAACUCAGCACUUCAAAACCUGCUUGUAGCCUGCCUGCGGAGUGCAGACCUUACCGUGCGUGUCAGCGCGCUGGGUGGCCUGCUUCGUCUCGAAGCCUUGUCUUCGGAGGAAGACCAGAGACAUUUCGACCCUCACAAGCUCAUGGCAGCAAUCGAACGCCGUUUCCCUGACCAUCUCGUCGAUAUCUUGACAGAUUACGGCACGAUGCGCUGUGAAACAUUUCUUACAAUGACCUCGACCGCCGACAACCAAAAGGCUAUGAUGAAAUGUGCACAGGACAAAGAUCUUUAUAGUCUUGGUCUCAAGCUCGCAGAACUCAUCACCAGAACCGAGUUCUCUAUCGCAGAAGGUUUACCAUUCAUCAUGUGGUCCGAUGCGCUGCCUCAUUGUGCUAGAGCCAUCCGUGAAAAGGGUCGUCCAGGAGAGGAAGAUCUUGCAGACAUGAUUACCGCAAAGUUUUUCAUCAUCAGAACACGCAUUCCCGAUGCCAUCGAAGCUGCAAAACGUGGUAUUCAACGCAACCCCAAGUUCGCAUACUUCUACUACGUGAUCACGUUGGGUAAAGACCACUACGAGGGCUUGCGUUCUGCGAAGAAAGGCUUGAAGUGCCCGAAGAUGACGCCGUUCGUACGCUUUGGGCUCUUGCACCGUGCUGUCGAGCUUGCGGGCAAUCUAGGGGUAUGUCGUAUUCAGGAAUCCAGUCCAGGAGAUAGGAAAUAUGACGAGGGCGUUGCGUUCCUCAUGAGCGCGAUGGAGGACGCAAAGUCUUACGUUACGGAGGCUCCCCCAGAUGCAAGACACAUGAAGAACGUGUUAUACUGGUACAUCUGCCUCACUCUUACCAUCAAAGGACCAGAGACGCCAGCGGACCUCCAAGAGCUCCAGGUCGCAUUCAAGAAGCUAGGGUACGCCGACGAGUUUAGCAUACUGCUGGGCACUAUUCCUCCGAGAACGCAGUUGCGCCUGACGCAGCAAAACAUCGUCAAGCGCUACCCGAUUGCUGUGCAGGAAUGGAAGGAUCUGGUGGCACGCUUUGACGAGGUGAUGACGGAUGAGCGGCCCAUCUCGUUGGAGAAAGCUGAAGACGAUCUUGCCGCGUGGCUUGAUGACCUUCAUCUUGAUCAUGGAAAGGAAGACGAGCAUUAUCCACAGAGGUGCUCUCACCCUCGAGUUAGCCCGAACACGGUGGCGUUGUACAGAUGUUCGUGGUGCAGUAAUCCUAGUGCCGCAUUGAGGAAGUGUAGUGGUUGCGAGAAAGCGAGGUAUUGCGAUGGCGGAUGCCAAAAGUCGCAUUGGUCCGAGCAUAAGGCUACAUGCCGAACAUGAAUGGCCUGAAGUAUCUCGUCAAUCUUCAUACUUGUUAUACCGGUUUCGCGAUUCGCCCCUCUUUGAACAGUUCCUCGCGUCCAUUGCUUCAAGUUCUUGACCCAUCUUGCCCCUCUUUGAUUACCUUCCUCAGCAUCUGCGAUGUGAACGUAGGUAUGACCAUUCUUGAUAUACCUGUAUUGGUACAGUAAAACAUGUAUUAUCCUACAACAAUUCCACUACAAUACC